AUGACCGAUGGAGGUAAUGUGGAGGGUAAAAGGGAGAAAGAGAGUAAUGUGGAUAAUACCGGGGAAGAAAGAGCUGGUUUCGACGAUUUUGGGCGAGCAAUAUCGAGGAUUGCUGUGGCUCAAAUAUGUGAAAGCAUUGGGUUUGAGAGCUUCAAUGAAUCUGCCCUCGAAUCGCUUGCAGACGUUGCAAUUAAGUAUAUAAUUGACCUAGGCAAGACUGCUAGUAGUGGUGCUAAUUUAGCUGGGAGAACACAAUGCAACGUGUUUGAUGUAAUUCAAGGAUUAGAGGAUAUGUGUGCCUUCCACUGGUUUUCUGCGCGCAUCAGAUGUUCCCAAGCAAGAAGGGUCAAUGUUAUCACCAAUGAAAUCAAAUUUGGUAUAAAGCCAAUGGAUGGAUUUCUUUUAACGGUGGCCCCUCUAUCCCUUGUUGGAAUUUAUUGUGAUUUUACCUGGCAAGUUACUAAAAUAAGGGGUGAUAUUUCAUUCCAACAGCUAGGAGGAUGGUUGAGGGAGGAAGGUGCAACUUGUGAUUUAUAG